AUGGACAAGCCACUCGGCGUAGCGGUCGUAGGCAUCGGAGAGGUCGCGCUCAACACGCACCUCCCAACCCUCCUCCUCUGCUCCCACCUCUUCCGGACGCUAGCACUCGUCGACAUAUCACCCGGCGCCCUGCAACAUGCAGCAAGCAAGUUCCACGUACCCAAAACGUAUACCACUCUGGAUCCUGUUCUCGCGGACCCCGAAAUCGACGUGGUCAUGAUCAUGAGUGCGAAUGAGUACCACGUCGAGCAGUCCAUCGCAGCCCUGCGCGCUGGCAAGCAUGUGUUCGUUGAGAAACCGCUUGCGCUCACCGUCGCUGGAGCCGAUGCUGUUGCCGCGGCGGCUCGCGAGUCGGGCAAAGUGUGUUUCGUGGGCUUUAUGCGCCGGUACGCCGAGGCGUUUUUGCGCGUCAAGGACAUGGUGGCUGGGGCCAAGUUUUCUUAUGUGCGCGUCCGCGACAUCAUCGGCCACAACGCCUUCUUCGUCUCCCAGUCUGGCUCCUUCCCCCUAAAGUUUGACGACAUCCCUGUUUCCGCAGCCCGCGAGCGCGCGGUCCGCUCCGAGGCCAUGUUGGCAGACGCGUUGGGGACCCAUACCGAGCGCGACAGCAAGACGUGGAACCUCCUAACCGGCCUGUCGAGCCACGACAUCAGCGCGCUCCGCGAGUUGGUUGGUAUGCCGCGGCGUGUGUUGAGUGCGGUGCGGAGUGGGGACUGUAAUUGGAUCUGGGCGACGUUGGAGUACGACGGCUUCGUGGCGUAUUACGAAGUCGGGAUCGACAAUGUGCGCGUGUUCGACGCUCAUAUCGAGGCGUACCUCUCUGACCGGCGUGUCAAGGUCUCCUACGAUACGCCGUACGUCAAGGGCCUUCCUAUUACCGCCUCGGUGCAGUAUACCCGUGACGGGGACCAUGUCGAGGAGACCAUCCGGCCGACUUACGAGGACGCGUUCACGCUGGAAUAUCGCGCAUUCUACGACGCGAUCGUCAAGGGGACACCGGUCAAGACUAGCCCCGAGGACGCGCGCGAGGACGUCGUAAUCUUCAAGAUGAUCAUGGAUGCGAUUUGGGCCGGUGAGAUCUGA